CACGUUCACCCCUAAAACGGCCACUAAACAAGUCCAGCAACUCUACCUAAAACUUUUUUCUAUUAAACGGUGACAGCAUGGAGGCAAUCUGUGGAGACUGGAUGCUGUGCGGCAGUGACAACCUUACUGCCUACCUGGUCGCUCUAAAUGUGACAGAAGAAAAUAUUAAGAAGGUGACCGAUGCCCAGGAGGAGGCGUUCAAGAGCGGUGACACCCCCAAGGUCCAGAUCAGCAAGGACGGGGACACAAUGACCAUCAAGUCACACGCCUGGGGGGAUAGAGUGACCUCAGCCAAACUUGGUGAAACAUUCGAGCACACAGCAAUGGACGGCAGGAAGGGAAAGCUCACCUACAGCAUGGAAGGCAACACUCUCCUGGAAGUGUUUGAGGGCGAGGGCCUCAUCUCAAUGAACAGAAGAUGGAUCCAGGAAGACAAACUGGUCUACACGCUGACUGCCAAAGGCAUCACAACAACACGCGUGUAUAAGAAGCAGUAGUCUUUAGGCCGGUGGCUCCGACUGCAUUCUCCCAGUAAAUACUAGCUUGCUAAUAUUGCGAGUGUUGACUGCUUUGAUCCUAAAAAGGCAAACAAUUGACUUCUGAACAACUUCGCUUAGAGACCCGCGUGAACCUAGAGGAUAUUUGGCAAUCUGUAUCUUUAUUACAGGAGAAAAUGGGCCCUCAAUGGACCCUCAAAAUUAGAACUUAUUUGGAGCAGCUUGAUAUAGUUAACGUUACAAAUAUCUAUGUUAUCGUUGUUUUCAUUGCGUAACAUUUCGUAUGUUUGAUAGUCUAUGUCUUGUUCUGUUUGUCGUCAAACUAAAUGUGAUCCACACAUAGCAAGUUUAAGGAAAAUAAACUACUAC